AUGGCGCAACCCAGUGGUGGGGCAGUGGACUACUCGUCAUUUCUGAAAAGGCAUCUCAAGAUGAGUAACGUACUCAACGAUCGACAUAUCAAAUACACAUCUGAAGAGUUGAAAGAUGUUAUAAAAUGCAGUAUGGAAUUGCUCAAAUUGGAAAACACUUUAGCCGAAAUAAAUCCGCCUAUUGUGAUCGUAGGAGAUAUACACGGUCAGUACUUUGACCUAUUGCGGAUGUUCAGCAAAUUCUCCGAAGGAAAUCAGCAUGGAAGCAUGCGCGUUAAG